GAAGUCCAGCUGACGGGGGGAGGAGUUGUGGGGAUAUUUGGCGCAAGUUUUGUUUCUUAGACUAGAGCGCGCCAGAGACACCACACGAAAUCCGUCAAGACGAAUAGCCCGAAUACUUCUUAAUCAACAACUUAAAUAAGUGUUUUGAAACACGUCUGGACGCUAAGUGCUCACAGCGAAGAUGCCCAGUACACGUUCCCAGGCUCAGCCCAUUCUCCAGUUCCCCAGACGCAAGUCCUUCAGUGUUGACUCUAAAAGCACCAAGAGCACAUCCCAGACGAAGGAGACCCAGUCCCUCUGCUCCGUGGAGUCUCCUAAACUACAGCCCCUUCCAGAGAAGAUCCAGCUAAUGCCCCUCUCACGCAGGCCUGUGGCCCUCAAAGGCAUAACUCUGUGCCCAAGGCUGACCCCAAGAAUACCCCUCAGCCCUCGCAAACGCACAGGAGAUGAAAAUGGCUGUAACCUCAGUGCCAACCUACUGGGCACUCCUCCCAAGCAGCCCUGCCUUAACCUGGCCUCCCCCUGCGAGCUGGGCUUUGAUGAGAACUCCCCCGUUCUAUCCCAGAGGAGACUACUGACCCCCCUGUCACCAAAACGGCAGCCCCUCUCCCACCCCAGGGCUUCCCCCAGCAGACUCCAUGAGACCCCCAGUGGGAGCCCAUCAUGUCCCCGAUCAGAGAAGGCCACGGUGGUCCGCCUCUUUGCUGAAAAGUCUAAGUUCCAUAGUGUGAAGCAGGCCCUCCACACGGCUGUCCCAGAGCGCCUGCUAUCCCGGGAGGCUGAGAGGUCCUCCAUCCGCUCCUUCCUGGAGGACAAGGCCCUGAAGGCCAGCCCAGCCAGCCUCUACAUCUCUGGAGCCCCCGGGACCGGCAAGACCGCUUGCCUCAACUGUGUGUUGCAGGAGAUGAAGGAUGAACUGAAGGAGAUUGAGACAGUGGUGAUCAACUGUAUGGCUCUGCGUAGCGCCCACGCCAUCUUCCCCCUGCUGGCAAAGAAACUGGGGGCCUCUGGGGGUCACACCGACACCAAGCUGCAGAAACUGCUGACCAGCACGGGGCCCACUGUUCUUCUAGUCCUGGAUGAAAUGGACCAGUUGGACAGCAAGGCCCAAGACGUUCUCUACACCAUCUUUGAGUGGCCGUACCUGCCCAAGUCCCGCCUCUGUCUCAUCGGUAUCGCCAACUCUCUGGACCUGACGGACAGGAUCCUCCCCAGGCUCCAGGCCCUGCCUCGCUGUCGGCCCCAGCUGUUACACUUCCCUCCCUACAGCCGCCAGGAGCUCGCCGCCAUCGUACAGGACAGACUCAGACAGGUGUCCGGAGAAGGGUUACUAGAUGCAUCGGCCGUGCAGUUUUGUGCCAGGAAGGUGUCUGCUGUAUCGGGAGAUGCACGCAAAGCUCUGGAUAUCUGCCGGAGGGCUGUAGAGCUUGUGGAAUCUGACGACAGAAAGAAGGAAGCAGAAACUACAGCGUCUUGUGUGAGCGUGCCCCAGGUGGCCAGAGUGCUGUCGGAGGUGUACGGGGACCGCAUGUCCUCGUCAGAGGGAGAGAGCUUCCCCAUCCAGCAGAAACUCCUGGUCUGCUGUCUGCUACUGCUAACCCGCAACGGCAAGAACAAAGAGAUCCCACUGGGCAAGCUCCAUGAGGUGUACAGCCGUCUGUGUACCAAGAGACAGGUGGGCGGCGUGGGCCAGGGCGAGUGCCUCUCCCUCUGCAGUCUGCUGGAGAGCCGGGGCAUCUUUGCCCUGAAAAAAGCCAAGGAGGCUCGCAUCACCAAGGUUUCUCUGAAGAUUGAGGAGAGGGAUGUGGAGAAUGCUCUGAAGGAUCGCACCCUGCUGGGCAGUAUCCUGUCCGCUGGCCUACCAUAACCUUUCACCAUCGGGAUGAUAUCAACUUCUCCAUCUGACCAACCCAGAUUAAUAUUUAUUUGUGCCUUAUUUUGUUUGUUUUUUGGGAUUCCUUUUUUUCUGGUGGGGUGAUGCAUAUCCAACUAUGACCUCCCUUUUCAGAACAAUAGGAAAUGCAUCAAUUUGUUAGAUUUUUAUUGACAGAUAAACAUGGACUGGAAACAUUUCAAAUGGUCAGCCAAACUGACCAGCUGCUUUUAACUUGCGUUUUAAAUGCUCAUUUAUUUUUUGUGGGUAAAAACCUUAUGUACAUUUAUGUUGUAAUAAAUUAAUGUACAAACUUAA